GCCCCGCCCGCGCACCGGAUCCGUUGGGCCCGAUGAUGGCCGUGAAGCGCCGGAAGGGCCCGAUGAUUUGCCGCCCCUUGUACGAUUUGAAAUUCUCGAUCUCGAUCAACUUGAGGAAGCCCAUCUCGGCUGCGGGGCCGGCGGGGCAGGGACGCGAGGGAACUCCGGGCCCGGCAGGGGACACGGGCCAGCGCCGCCCGGCCAGAACCUCAAGGCCCGCGCCGGACCACGCCAGGCCCCUCGGCCGCCACCAGAACGCGAGCGCGCAAACCUCGCGAGGACUCGGCGCCCGGCCCGCUCCAAAGCCGCGGGUCCCGCCUCCUUCGGAAAGCCGGCAGCUGAUAGGGCGCUAUGGCCCCUUGGGGUUUGCAUACGUGGCUCCUCCCUCUUCCCAAGGCGCUCCCGCCCUGCCGGCCCUUCUCUUUUGGCUGAUAGGUUCCUCCGCUUCUCAAUUUGCAUAAAUCGACGCGGAAUUCAGAGCAGGCUGGCUUGUUGGCAUAGCAACCAGGAGGCCGCAAACUUCUGGAGGGAGAAGGUGAGAGCGGGACAGCGGGUGGGAGGUCGAGGGCGCUAAUUGAUAUGAUAUGAUAGGCGCACACACGCCGCAUACCCUCCAGCUCUUCACGGAUGAAAACAGGGACAUCCCAAGGAAAAGCAGGACAUUCUGGGAUCAAAUCAGAAACCAGAACAGCUUCUCUAAAUCGGGGAGGUCCCUGGAAAAUAGGGGCACUUGGAGGGUCUGCACACUGCUUUUCCCCUGACAGGGACUCAAGGCAGUUUAUUGAUAAAAACAUGAACUGCUAAAAACAUGGGGGGGGGAAUAGUUAAAAAACAAUAGAACACUGAUAAAAUUAAAACUGUAUAGAAAAUCUAUUGAAACCAUACAAAUAACUACAAUAAAACAGCACAGCACCAGCCAGGGUCAGCCCAAAACAUUUUGGUGCCUAGAGGUAAAAAAGGUAAAGGAUCCCUAACAGUUAAGUCCAGUCGCGAAUGACUCUGGGGUUGCGGCGCUCAUCUCACUUUACUGGCCGAAGGAGUCGACGUUUGUCCGCAGACAGUUUUUCCAGGUCAUGUGGCCAGCAUAGCUAAGCUGCUUCUGGUGAACCAGAGCAGUGCACAGAAACGCCGUUUACCUUCCUGCCGGAGUGGUACCUAUUUAUCUACUAGCACUUUGACGUGCUUUCAAACUGCUAGGUUGGCAGGAGCUAGGACUGAACAACGGGAGCUCACCCCGUCACAGGGAUUUGAACCGCCGAGCUUCCAAUCAGCAAGCCCUAGGCUUAGUGGUUUAGACCACACCGCCACCCGUGUCCCUUAUUGGUACCUAAAGUGGACCCCAAGUAGUGCCUCCAUUCCCCACCAGGGAGGAAGGGGAAAGUGAAUUGUUUUCAACAUUUUGCUUUGUUGGGGGAUUGAAAUAAAGGCAGUCUUGUGUUAGAACACUGGAGAAGACAGCAAUCACUAGAUCACCUUUAGGAAACCUCUGGCUUAUAAGGUUGUUUCCUCCAAACCACAAAAUGUGGGAAGUAGAGAUAUGGUCUUCCAUGGGGAACUUGAUCAUGCAGGCAAUCCCUGCCACAAUCAGCUUUGCCAGUCAUAUGCUCAAUGCUUGAGAAGCACUGAGCAGAGGCCUUGCAAAGUGCUUCGCACUGAAGUUUCAACGCAACUAGCUGGCUGCCAUACACUUGGGAAACGCUUCCCAAGUACUUUGACAGGUGAACAGAGCAACCCACCUGUCAAGCUUGGUCCAUGAGGUGGGGACAGAUAAGAAUCUGGCCCGCCUGGCUGAAAAGGUUUCCCAGCGCUGAACUAGGCAGAUCUGAUGUUGGAGAAAAGCUUAUUCCAUGCUUACCCAAGACCUAUCUGCAAAUUGUUCCAGAAUAGAUAGAGAGACAGGCCUAGGUAUCUAUUCCCACCACUCAGAUAAGAUUAGUUAGCAAUGGGAUGGAGCUGGGUCUGCUUUAAAAACUUAAAAACUUAAAUCUCUCUUCCUCUGACAAGAAAACACAACCCUCAGUUACAGGUGCAAAGAUGUAUAAAGUGGACAUCCAGCCAGAUAUAAAGGAGGCAGCUGCCAUUGAAGCCCGCAGGAACCGGGAGAAGCAAAGACAGAGCCGCAUCUUUAAUGCUCGCUAUCGCACGAUGGGGGUGAGACAUGGAGGGCUUAUAGAGCCAUGUUUUCGGAGGAGGACUGCCUUGAUUUCAAAGUUCUGGGAAGGACUCCUUAACUAUCCCUCAGAACUGAGAUACCUGUAGGAAGUAAUCCCUGUGCACAGACAUCUUAACCUGAACACUCCUUUCUAAAUUUACUCAGCUUUCAGCUUGUCAGCUUGUUCAGUGAGACACAACAAGAGGUCAUUUAUUGGGGAUGUGGGCUAGGCUUUGGGCAGUUAACAUGCUGCCUUCUAGAUGUUUUGAACUUCAACUCCCUUCAUCCCUGACUAAUUGCUAUGCUGGCUGGAGAUAAUGGGAGUUGUAGUCCAAAAACCUUAAGGGCAUCAUGUUGGCCAAAAAUCUUAAGGGCAUCUGGACUAUACAUUAAUCACUUUGAGAGAGCCAGUGUGGUACAGUGGUUAGUGUCAGACUAGGAACUGGUUCAAAUCCCCACUUGGCCAUGAAGCUCACUUAGGGACCUUGGCUACUCACUGCCUCUUAGCCUGACCUAACUCACAGGUUUAUUGUGGGGCUUAGUUGAGAUGGGGGAGAACCAUGAACCACCUUGAGCUCCUUAGAGAAAGAGGUGGGAUAUAAAUGCAAUAAAUAAUUGAUUCAUAGGAAGUGAUUCAUAAAUACAAGAAUAAACUCUCAGCAAAAAAUCUCGUGAAUAAGGUUCCAACUUCAGGGGUUGAAGUAUUAUGAGUGAAAGCAAGGACUGUUCAUUUUCUGUAAUUCCAUUAUUACAGGCAUCAUUUACAGAUGACAAGUGUUCAUCUCAAUGUUUCACGUAAUAGAUUACUCCUGAUCACUCCUCAGGAGCACCUAUAUUUCAUGGUCUAGAUGCUCAGUGGUCGUAUAUUCUAUAUAUGCAGGCCAAAAGCUUAAACCUUAAGCCUUAAAAGCAUCAGAUCUGUUAGAAAGAUAGGAUAAUUGAUAGCAAAGGGGACAGAGGCACUUAAGGCAGCUUACAGCAAAAAAUAAAGCAAGUAAAAAUAUUGAAGCACAACCACACACAAAAAGCCAGGAUAGCAGAUAAAAAAAUAACCAAAAGCAGCAGGAAAUCAGGUAAAACCAGACCCUAUUCUGUUGCAUCAGUUGGUGGUAGGACAUGUAGCAGGUCCUACCAGAGGAGCUGUGAGAACAGGCAGACUAAUGUGGUAGCGGGUGGUCCUUCUUUAUCCUAAGCCAUUUGGGGCUUUAAAUGUAAAAACAGCAUUUUGACUUGAGCCCAGUAAUGAACCAGAAAUCAGCAAAACUGGUACAGAAAGAUAGAAGCCAAAUAGCUCUGGUCAGCAGCUUCAAAGCUAUAUUCUAAACUAGCUGACAUGAAAUAGGAGAGCUUAUGCCAUUGCAUCUUUCAGGUUCCUGCAUAUUCUUUGUUGUCUUUAUUUGAGAGGGCAGCAUGCAAAAUCCUGCGUUCUGUUUGCUUCUGAAACAGCCACAUCCGAUGCAGCAAUUAACUUGUAAUGUCACUUUUAAGGUGGAUGUGGAAGGUUUGAAGACCCAGGUGGAAGAGCGAAAACUCAGAGAAAUUGCAGAGAAACGACGUGAUGAAGCUUUCGGUAAGUGUUUCUGCUCCAUUUCUCUGUGAGGUCAUUUAUCUCACUUGUCUCCGGGCAUUGGUCUGGGGCCUGAGCAAGUCAGUUUCCCCAACAGUUAAAUUCAAAUGAAAGAAAGUGCAGGAAGUCGGGCAGAAUGAAAUGCAUCAACCUCAGCGGGGUUUGCAUUUUUAAAAAUAUAUCCACUCUUUUGAUCAUAUCAAACAGGCAGAUUCAUAGUUUAAUUUUAAAUCUGGCAGCUUGAAUCUACGUCUUUCUUUAAGAUCUGUUAAUAUUUUAAAUUUAAUCCUUGGUUUUCCCCCCACCAGAUAAAUUUUGAUAACCCUCUUUGCCAUUAUUUGAAUUACCUCACAUUACCAAUAAUCGGUAUACAGUGGUACCUCGGGUUAAGUACUUAAUUCAUUCCGGAUGUCCGUUCUUAAUCUGAAACUGUUCUUAACCUGAAGCACCACUUUAGCUAAUGGGGCCUCCCGCUGCUGCCGCGCCGCCGGAGCACAAUUUCUGUUCUCAUCCUGAAGCAAAGUUCUUAACCCAAGGUACUAUUUCUGGGUUAGCGGAGUCUGUAACCUGAAGCGUAUGUAACCUGAAGCAUAUGUAACCCGAGGUACCACUGUAAUCUAAACUAUAAACAGCAUAUUCAGUAAUACAUUUGUCUUAAUAGCUGAAACUCUUCCUAAUAGUGAGAUUUUCAUCCUUCCCCAUCUUGCUAAGUCUUGUUUUACCUUGUUCCAUACUUUAACAUAGUUAUUCUGAAAAAGUGAUGUGUUUUAUUUGUUAACCAAAUACUCAAAUAUUUCACCCUUUUCUCCACUCUAAUGUCCGUUUAAUCAUCAUCAUCAUUUUAUUAUUUAUACCCCUGCCACACUGGACAGCUUACAGUACAUAUAAAAACAUAGUAAAACCUCAAAUAUUCAAAACCUCCUGAUACAGGGCUGCCUUCAGAGGUUUCUAAAAGUCAGAUAGUUGUUCAUUUCCUUAACAACAGAUGACAGGACAUUCCACAGAGAGGGUGCCACUGCCGAGAAGGCCCUCUGCCUGGUUCCCUGUAACUUUACUUCUUGGAGUGAGGGAACCAGCAGAAGACCCUCAGAGGACCUCAGUGUCCAAGCUGAAUGAUGGGGGUGGAGACGCUCCUUCAGGUAUACAGGACCAGCAUUUUUAAUUUUGCUUGGAAACGUACUGGAAGCCAGUGAAGAUCCUUUAGGACCAGUGUUAUAUGGUCCUGGUGGCCACUCCCAGUCACCAGCCUAGCUGCCACAUUCUAUAUUAGUUGUAGUUUAAAGAUCAGCACCAACACUUUGAAUUGGACUUCCAGGGUGCUGCCAUCGGUAAUGGCGGACUCCCUCUGAUCCGGAGGGACUAGCUCUACGGAAAUCGGGUCUGUUCCGCUACGGCGAAGCGGGGACCCUUUAAAAAAUCACAGGCGGGUGAAGCCUGUGACCGUGGGACUCGGCGGGCACCUUUCGUGCCCCCCCAAUUUGUAAAGGAACCCAAUUACGGGCUCCGGAGCGAAGCGGGGCAAGCGGCGCGAUGCUGAGAGUCAACUGCUUCUUCAAUGGAGCGAAGCCGCACAGCCGUUACCGGAGAGCGCUACCUUUUUCCUGUGACAAUCUGGCUACAAAAACAACUACCCGUGAGUAGUUUAAAUUUGGAUAAUUGGACUCUAAACAACGACCCGUGAGUAGAACGGAAAAUUGGACUAAGAAAUUCCUUUUAAUUUGGCACUGAAGCGGGAAGGUCUAAACAGGAAGUCAGCCUUCCGCUUUUUGUAGAAAGAUUAAAGCAAAGACAUGGCAAGCUAGAGUUUAGAAAAUCGUUUGUAAAGGAUCAACUUUCAUCAUUUAAAAUUACUGAACCCCCUUUGGAAGCAGGAGGAGAGGGGGGAUUUUUUCUGGACCGUUUAAACCUGCAGAAGAGAGUCUAAAGAAAAGCAAAUUUCCACCGUCUUGAACCUGGAAGCGGGGUGUCAGGACAGACGUUUUCGGGAAGUUCAUUGACUAUAGACAAACUUUUUGACAGAUAGUUAAAAGAAGAGAAACAUAGUGAUUCCAUUGUUCUCCUUCGCAGCUAAAAGGAACAAAAUAUUGACAAAAUAUCUGAAAAAGGAAACUUUGUUGUUAGAUCUGCUAAAAAAAAAAAGAGAGAGAGAGAUGGAUACAAAUAGAAGUUCUUCCCCUAGAGGGAGCUUGUGAAACUGUUAUUAAUCUGAACUGGGGAGUUUUGCAGCUGCAAUAGAUUAAGAUCGUGGGAUUAGACUUUGACCUUGCACAACAAUGUACUCGGAGGCUCUGGUGCGUGCUUUCUGCAAAACAAGUGCUUUAUUGGAACAGUUACAUGAGAAGACGGAUUUGAUGACUGAUGCGAUCAGAAAUUUUGGACAGGUAGUGGGUAUCUAUAUAGAACCCACUCAGGAAUUAAUUCAGGAGUGUGCUCUGACAGAUCAGAUGAGGGAGGAGGUUGUGGCUGGACCUCGGGAGGCAGAGAUGGAGGGAACUGUGGCCCAGCAGGAACAUGAGUUGUUGGAUCUGAUGAAUGAACCUGGAAAAAGCCAGAUUUGGAGAGAUAGAGUCUUGUUCGGCUUGGAGAUGGGGGGCUGGAUAGACCCCCCUAUGCAGGGAUGUUUUGAAUUUUCAAAUCUGGCGUUGGGCCGGGAGGAGUUUGGACUUGUGGGGGUCCUCAACCUUGGAGGGACUUUGAAAUAUGCUUUUAAAUACCACAUGGAGUUCAGUGUGGACUAUGGAAAAGGGGCUGAUCUGUCGAGAAGGGACAAAAAUAUUGUCAAGCUGGAGUCUCCACGAGUGAAAGGAGCAGAAGACAAAGUAAAGUACAGGUAUAAAUAUGAAGAUGAUCUGCGGAAGGGACAUGGAAGAGACUUAAGGGCCUCGGACAUAAGGUUGCCAGGUUAAUGAACUAGAUGGAUGGGAUAGAAAGGACUGACAAAACCCGAGACCAGGAGGAAGAGACGCUGGAUGAAGAUUGGAAGAAAGUUUUAAAAAUUCUAUUUAGGAAUGUUUUGCAAAAUUAAUGAGUAUUAGAAAAAUGUUGGAACGAAAUUAUUUGUCUUUAGCAGAAAUGUUAAAAAGAACUAUGUAAGAAUAUGCUAUGGCUAUGAGAAAUUGGUAUAAAUAAGAUUUAAGUUUUAAGUUCUAGGGUUUUUUAUGGCAAGAUAAGGCUAAAAUAGAUUAAGGUAAUUUAAUGACAGAAUAUUAUGAAAAAUGGAAAGGAUUUGCUGAGACAAUUAACAACUAGAAUACAAAAAAGGGAGGUGUGAGGAGGUCGAUGAAAUAAGGUAAUGACAGUUAAGGAUUUGAGAAUACUGGAUCUGCUUUUAUUUACUUUUUUUGUUUAAUUCUGCUUUUUGAUUUUGAUGUAUUAUGUGUUUUGCCUUUGCUUUUUGCUUUUGACUUUUAUCGAUUUGUAUUGUUUAAUUGUUAUGUGUUCUUUUUUCUUCUUUUCUUCCUUGUUUUUCUUUGUAAUCUUAAAACUCUCAAUAAAUAUCAUUAAAAAAAACCACACACUUUGAAUUAUGCUUGGAAACAUACUGGGAGUCAAUGUUGGUCCUUCAGGACUGGUGUUAUAUGGUCAGGGCGGCCACAUUCUGGAUUAGUUGUAGUUUCCAGGUCACCUUCAAAGGUAGCCCCAUGUAGAGCACAUUGCAGUAGUCCAAGCAGGAUAUGCACCACUCUGGCGAGACAGUCUGCAGGCAGGUAGGGUGGUAGACAGCUGCCCUGGACACAGAAUUGACCUAUGCCUCCAUGGACAGCUGUUAGUCCAAAAUGACUCCCAGGCUGCACACCUGGCCCUUCAGGGGCACAGUUACACCAUUCAGGACCCGGGAAUCCCCCCCGCCCACUCCCUGCCCCCCCAAACAGUACUUCUGUAUUGUCAGGAUUCAAUCUGUUAGCUGCCAUCCAUCCUCCAACUGCCUCCAGGCAUUCACACAGGACAUUCACCACCUUCACUUGUUCUGAUUUGAAAGAGAGGUAGAGCUGGGUAUCAUCUGCUGUCAGGGACUGGGCAAAGGAGGAAUGGUGGAGAUCGCCUACCUAUCCUGACCCUUCUAGGGAGGAGAAAGAGGAAGACAGUAUAGAUUUACAACAGGGGUUUGAGGGAGGUUGCAGCUCAGAGGCAGAUGAGGGGGAAAGUUGGGAAAUCAUGGGAGAGCCAGAGCAACACCUGGCUGACACACUGUCAUUAGAAAACAUUCCAGACCCUCCAUCUCCCAGAACCCGGUGAGCCUUACAGGUAGGAGAGCAAAGAACUCAAAGACAGAGGACACGUAGCAGCACCUGUAGAAGAGGUGAUGAUGUUGAUGAAUGAGGAAGUGGGAGAGAUGGGGUGUGUGGAGAUUCACUUGGGACAACACCAUUAUCCAAGAGGCUGGGUAGCCUCUCUCUGUAAAGACUGAAAUAAAAAAGGACUGUUAGAUACUUUCCCUUGUUUUUAUACUUUCCUGGGCAACCAGCCAGGAGCCACUGACAGUAUCUUGACAUCUGCAUACUGGUGAACACCCACCCAAAUUCCCUGAUGAUCUCUCCCAGCGUUUUCAUAUAGAUGAUGAAAAGCAUGGGGGAGAGGACAGAGCCCUGAGGCACCUCACAAGUGAGAGCCCAGGAGUCUGAACAUUCAUCCCCCAACACCACUUCCUGGGCUCGACCCAGGAGGUACCAGCGGAACCACUGUAUGACAGUGCCCCCAGCUCCCAGCCCCUCUAGACCAGCGGUCCUCAACCUUUUUCAGCCGGGGGCCGGUUCACUGUCCCUCAGUCCUUGUGGGGGGCUGGACUAUAUUUUGGAAAAACAUAUGAAUGAAUUCCUAUGCACACUGCACAUACUGUAUUUGUAGUACACAAAAAACAGGAAAAAAUAAAAUAUUUAAAAUGAAGAAUGAUUUUAAUCAACAUAAAACUUAUAAGUAUUUCAUUGGGAAGUUUGGGCCUGCUUUUAGCUAACAAGAUAGUUAAUAUCUGAAUGAUGAAUUAUUGUACUGUCAGGUGUUAAACUCACUGGCAUCAAUUUUGGUAUACCUGCAGAAAUGUAGCCUCAACAUGACUGUCUUCCUAUGUUGGAACUCAGUGCGUGUUUCUUUUACCAUGACACUGGAUUUUCUGAUGGUGCAGCAAAUUGAUUCUGUGUCACACAGGUAAAUGUUUUGGUAAAUUUACACAAACUGAUGCUCUAAAUAUGUUGAGCUCUAACCCGUGUUUGGUCCGAUUCAGAAGAGUUCCCACCACCAGCACUCUAGACGUCUCCACGAUUGUUUCAUCACCCUGAGCUCUGGGGAAAACCACAGGGCUGUCCAGGCUCCAUGUAAUCGGAGAGGGCACUUCAGAGCCAAACAGUCGAUAGCCCUGGUUAACUCCGCAUUCCAGUGGGCCACCAGGCUGAGAUGGCUGAGAGGCCAUCAACAUGGGAUAAAACAUCCCCUAGCACUCCUGUUCAAAUCCAUUAAGUGGCAGGGUUCAUCUAAAUCAGUCUUACCUCCCUGCGGAGGGGAAGGUUCGCAGAGAAGUCUAGUUGCACCAGGAAGUGAUUCGACCAUGGCAUUUCUUUUUUUUUCACUUUUACUUAGUGUCAAAUCACCCACAUUUCACAGAGGUGAACACCAGGUCUAAGGCAUGUCUGUGGCUAGAACAUGCACUCAGAAAACUGGGUCUUCCCAAUAGGAUGCCUGGUGUCAGCUAAUUACUUCCAAAAAUCACUGCAAGCCCCCCUCCCUGCCCACAUGACCUGGGUUGCUGUCUGUAUGAGAAACCUGGCAGACAAGCAGCGGCAGGAACAGGCCCAUCUGCCAUGUCCAACCAAGUCUGCCAUGCCCAUCUGCCAUGUCCAAUCAACCCUCUUGGCAGGGGGUUGGACUUGAUGGCCCUUGUGGUCUCUUCCAACUCUAUGAUUCUAUGAUUCUACAAAUGCAAAGUCAAUUCCUCUAUCCAUGAUCAAAUCAUGGAUGGCCGUAGUCUUGUGGAUCAUUGACUUGGCAUUGCACAGCAACACCUUAAGUCAUGUGGGUCUCCCUUGUUGAUUCCGGUAUCCUUCUGGUCAUGACCUGACCCAGAGGCAGGGAUAGCCUUCAAACAAUGACUAAACCUGCCUCCUCAGUAAUGACAUGGUCUGGUCCUAGCAUAACUCCUCCUCCUAUCAGUGAUCACUGAGAUUGGGUGUACAUCUACCCAGUGGAACCUGCCCCAGCCAUUCUGUUAACUUGGGCCCACUCCCAGGCAGCCCUGCCCUCCCCCUUAAAACAAAAUAAGCAACUGAAAAAAGAUACAGUACAAUACAAGUAAAAACACUUUAAAACAACCCCAAUGCAAAUAAAAAUCCCAUCCCCAUUAAAAUGAUGACUUUAACACAAGGGGGCUGGCCCACGCCUUCAUCCCACCCUCAAAGUGUGACACUCAAAGGGAUGACCCCCCCCCCAGCAACUGCCCCAGCAGCCAUCCACCCCCCUCUCAGCAGCAGCAGCAGCAGGAGUCCUCCGAGUGGGGGGAGAUGGCAGUCCCCAAGGAGGGACUGCAGGGCCAGGUAGGUGGAAUUCAGGGCAAGCAGGCUUUGUAACGUUGCCCCAGCAGCUGGUUGAUCUCAACUGGAGCAGUAGCUGUUCCCUCUGUGCCUGCUUGCCUGCCCAGGGACCUAGUCCCUGCAGAACUCUCUGCUAUCCUCUUUGUUGCUGUAGCGGUAGCAGCAGUCCUCAGAGGAGGGGAGACAGCAGCCCCUCCCAAGACUGGACCCUCUUUCUCUUGAUGUGUCAGAUUUCUUGCUAGGAUUUCAGUUUUGUCUUUGUUUAUAUAGAAAGGAACUAGAUCUCCAAAUAGUUUUAUCUCCCUUAAUACUAUCUUCAUUUUAUCCAAAGGAUUAUCAACAAAUAAUACCACAUCAUCUGCAAAAACCCUAAGUUUGUAUAUCUGAUGCCCAACUCGAACUCCAAUUUCUUUGCUUUCUGCACAUUUCCAAAAUCAAUAUACCGUAUUGGCCUGAAUAUAAGCCGCACGUAUUUUUCCAAAUUCCAGCCAUGAAAAGUUAAAGUGCGGCUUAUAUUUGCGACCUUACUGCACGGCUCCCCCCCCCCCCGGAAGCAGCCCAGGAGCAUGAGGCAAGGGCGCGCAGCUUGCCUGCCGCUCCCAAGCCUCCCCCUGGUGCUGGCUUGCUGAGGUAGUGCCAGGAGGCGGUAAUGCCGGGAGGCGGCCUGCGUCUGCAAAUAAGCCUUGAAUUUUAAAGGUGUGUCUCAUUUGCGGGUGCGUCUAAUAUUUGGGCCAAUACGGUAAACAAUAAUGGUGAUAAUGGACAUCCUUGUCUUGUUCCCUUUAUAUCUCCAGGUUUGUCAGUCAGUUCAUUUUCAUGAGGCAGACACAGCAACGACUAACAGCAUCCUGUGCUGUUCUUAUGCAGAUGCAGAUCGGGUGCAGUGCGACAAGAUUGCACAAAUGCUGGAAGAAGAGGAGCGCCAACGGAAAAAGCAGCUUCACCAGGCUGUCUUGGAUUUUCGCGAGCGGGAGCAACAGCCCUCCAUGCGCCGGGAGUGGGACAUCCAUGACCCAGAGGCGGCACGCAAAGGCCACCCAGCCCGCGUGAGUGAUGAUGACCCUCGCUGUGGCCCUUCUAGCAUGCAGCGCUUUGCUGGUGAGGACCUGAAUGCGAACGCUCGGCAAAAACUUCUAAAGGAGCAGAACAAACGCAUCCUGGAGGAGCAGAGAAGUGAACGGGAGAAGGACCUUGCUGACCGUAAAUAUGCUGGUAUGUUCAGGAUGGGGUGUGUGAAAUGCCCUCGAGAUCCUUUGCUUGGGGACACAGGAGUGCGAAGCUGGUGUUGUGUGGGAGGAGGCCAUGCAGCUGCUGUGGUUGACAAAGGAAUGUGGAGAAUAACAUCUAGCUAGUCCCAGCAUUAGCCCUGCCCAAGACACUCAAGUGCCUCAGGUGGAGUAAAUCAUUCUGCACACCCAGUUUCCUUGUGACAUACUUGGCCUCAGUUCUGGGUGAAAAUGUAGAACUGCAAGCUUUAUUUGUUUCCCUUAAGCUCUUCUUAAGACCGUUUGUAUUACUCAGAAGUUGGAAAUGAAGGAAUUCUCCUGCAUUUUCUACAAGCAUUUCCAUGCUUUACUUUGCUAUAUAUUUUAUGACUUUAAAUCUCUGCUGGGGUUCUCUCACCAAAGAGUUCUUGCCCCAAAACUGGGUCUUGACAUCCAGGAAUUCUCCCAUUCAUAUUUUUGGCACCAACAAGAUUUACCCAACUGGAAUACUGGUUUUGCUCUUAAGGAAUAAUUAUAUGUAGCUGCAUAACAUAGAGCUGGAAGUCCUUUUAUUUUCUUCUUCUUUAUCUUUCUUUAGGUUUCUUUUACUUUUCUCUCAUUUUCUCAUUCUUUAAGUUUCUCCUUUCCUUUUCUUUCUUCUGACUUUGUUCUUUUAGACUAAGUAGCUGUUUUAUCUCAGUAUAUUAUAGAAACAUACUUUGUAAUGGGUGUAUAUUUUUGUAUAAGUAUCAAUAUUUUUUUUUGUUUUUUUUAAAAAAAGAUUUACCCAACUUGACUGAGAAGUUGGAGGUGAAUCUUUAAGAGCAGUCUUUCCCAAAGUGGGUGAUACCACCCCUGGGGGGCGCUGGAAUGAUUCAGAGGGGUGAUAGUAGCCUCAGGUGCAAUGGGGGGGGCACUGAAUAAAAAUAAGGGCACGGUGGGUACGUAAUGACACUUACCGCCAGGUUGGGUGCUGUUGCGUGAUGGCGACAAUGCCUCCCUUGGACCCAGUGGUCCUGCUGGAGGUGGGGGUUUUCCCAGGCUUGGGUGAACACUUUUCAGCUUCACCCAGUCCUGGGAAACUUGCUUGCCUAUUUACAACAUCUUUAUUUACCAUGUUGUAGGGUGUAGGUAGAAAUCAACACACACACACACAAUUUUGCGAACAAUUUAUUUCAUUGCACUGGAAACAUUUUCUUUCUUAUCUUUAUUGUGCCUGACACAGACCCCCCCCCCCCGAUGCCAAUCCAUGGAUCCCAUGUUAAGAACCCCUGCUCUAGAUAGAGGCAUAGUAGCCAACUAACUCUCUGGUGUAUGUUUCUUGGCCAGGUGUGUGCUAGUACUGUUCAAAAGUGAGCACAGACCAGCACAAUCGGCACAUACACGACCACGGAUCCCCGUGCUAUUUUUGGCACCACAAGGAGGCAGGGCAGGCUGGUGCAUGCAGUAUCUUGGAAUGAUUGGGAAUUGCCUGUCCUACUCUAGGGCUGAUCACCUGCUUUGACAUGGCCUUCUCAUGUUCUGCUGUUAGCUCAGUGGUAUGCUGUUAAGUUAGAGCACUGGCUUGUCUAGUCAACAACAGGUGCUAAUGCAAGCAGUGACCAUGUUUCUCCUUGACCAGUCUUCCACUGUUGGAACUGGAGAAGGAAGUCAUCACUUAACUUACUACCAGCAUCACAAGCCCUACUGAAACAGUUAGUGUCUGUCUCCCAUUCUGCUACUCUUAUGCCAUUCCAAAUCUACUGCCUCACUUUGCCUUAUGGGAGGAUCAGGUGUGUGUGUGUGUGUGUACAUAGCUUGACUGCAUGCCAGAACACCUGCUUUCCUUGUAGACAGCCUGGAGGACAAAAAGAGGAUAGAGCUGGACCUACGAGCCCUGGAACUGGCACGUUUGGAGGAAGAGUGUCGCAAGGCCAAAGCCAUGGCAAUAGCUGACUUUAAUCGAGCCCAGGUACCACCUUCCUAUAUUAAUUAGCUAUUCAUCUGCAUCAUUCUUCAACCUCCAGAUGUUUUGGACUCCCAACUUCCAUCAUCCCUGAUCACUGGGCAUGCUGACCAGGGCUAGUGGAAGUUGUAGUGCACACAUGUGGAGAGUACCAAGUUGGGAAAGGCUGGGCUAGAAAGACAUGAGCACAAGGCUUUAGAUGCAACAGCAUCCCAUCUACUCCUUUCCCAAACCAGGCUGCAGAGGUUGCUGAGCAGCAGCGUCUGGCCCAGCAGCGUGAGCAGGACAAUAACUAUGCAGAAAUCUACAACCACCUGACAGGUGACCUCCUGACAGAAAACCCUGACAUCGCCAAAAGCCUUGUGGGCCCACACCAUGUGAUCACGGACCGCUGGAAGGGGAUGACCUCUGCAGAAGUGGAGGCUGUGCGGAAAGCACAGGAGGAGCAGUGUAAGGAGAAGCAGGCAAGUGGCGGCAUAGCUGAUGCUGCAGCAAGAAAGCUUGUGAGUUACACAAGUUCCUUCGUAACUAAUUCAACUAAGAGGGUGUCCAGAAAAUGGUGGGAAUGUGCUGACAUGGGCAAUACAGAUGAGUAUCAUAGAAUCAUAGAAUCAUAGAGUUGGAAGAGACCACAAGGGCCAUCGAGUCCAACCCCCUGCCAAGCAGGAAACACCAUCAGAGCACUCCUGACAUAUGGUUGUCAAGCCUCUGCUUAAAGACCUCCAAAGAAGGAGACUGCACCACACUCCUUGGCAGCAAAUUCCACUGUCGAACAGCUCUUACUGUCAGGAAGUUCUUCCUAAUGUUUAGGUGGAAUCUUCUUUCUUGUAGUUUGGAUCCAUUGCUCCGUGUCCGCUUCUCUGGAGCAGCAGAAAACAACCUUUCUCCCUCCUCUAUGUGACAUCCUUUGAUAUAUUUGAACAUGGCUAUCAUAUCACCCCUUAACCUCCUCUUCUCCAGGCUAAACAUGCCCAGCUCCUUUAGCCGUUCCUCAUAAGGCAUCGUUUCUAGGCCUUUGACCAUUUUGGUUGCCCUCCUCUGGACACGUUCCAGUUUGUCAGUGUCCUUCUUGAACUGUGGUGCCCAGAACUGGACACAGUACUCCAGGUGAGGUCUGACCAGAGCAGAAUACAGUGGCACUAUUACUUCCCUUGAUCUAGAUGCUAUACUCCUAUUGAUGCAGCCCAGAAUUGCAUUGGCUUUUUAGCUGCCGCAUCACACUGUUGGCUCAUGUCAAGUUUGUGGUCAACCAAGACUCCUAGAUCCUUUUCACAUGUACUGCUCUCAAGCCAGGUGUCACCCAUCUUGUAUUUGUGCCUCUCAUUUUUUUUGCCCAAGUGCAAUACUUUACAUUUCUCCCUGUUAAAAUUCAUCUUGUUUGUUUUGGCCCAGUUCUCUAAUCUGUCAAGGUCGUUUUGAAGUGUGAUCCUGUCCUCUGGGGUGUUAGCCACCCCUCCCAGUUUGGUGUCAUCUGCAAAUUUGAUCAGGAUGCCCUUGAGUCCAUCAUCCAAGUCAUUGAUAAAGAUGUUGAAUAAGACCGGGCCCAAGACAGAACCCUGUGGCACCCCACUAGUCACUCUUUGCAUAAUAUGCAAGGUGUGUGUAAACUAGGUGGCAAUCCAUUACCUGUCCAGAGCACAGUGGAGCUAAGUAACAUGGAAUGCUUUCCCUUGUAAGCUCAAGAAUGGUCCAUUAUGUAGGAGAGAAGAGAGCAGCAGGUACAUUGGCCUAAGCACAGCCCUUGUCUAUGCAUUUUAAGAGCAUUUUCCUUAUUGUGGGAUUCAACUAAGUUAUUGCAUGCAUGGAAUGAGGGCCGCACACGCGGUGGGACCCCAUCACCCCCUAAAUCUGCUUUGCAGAGUUGGAGGAACCCCCAAAGUAGGUUUAGGGGGCACACAGGGGAAGGAGAUGGGAAGUCCUGUUGCGCAAGCAGACCUUGUUCUGUGCACACCCACCCCACUUGGUGCUAUGUUGAAUUCCUCUGUUAUGCUUGGGGGGGGGGUUUUACAAAAUUUUGGAUGGUGUUUCUUUCCCAGAUGAAAGAUCAGAGUCUUAUCUUUCCCUCCUUCUGAGCUUCUAAUGGUACUUUCCUAUGCCAGUAGGAAGUGACAGAUGUAGGCAGCUGGAAUGUUACAAAGGUUCUGUUUCCCUCUCAAUAUAUAUAUAAAAUAUAAAUCACAGUUCAAAAUACAAAAUAUAAAUCACAGUUCAGCUUUUACAUUGCUUAACUCAAGAACACCUUACAACAGCCCUGUAAGGGAGGACAGUACCAACUCCAUAUUAACAUUUGAGGGGGUUAGGUAACGGUUGAGAGAACAGUGGCUUGUGAGUUUGUAGCAAGAGUAGAGAUUUUACCCAGGGGUGAAAUAGUUUUCACUUCUAUCAGCCGCAUUAUGCCUGAGCCUAUACUCUCCCACUCUAUUAGAGGCUGCGGGAAGAAGAGCAGCAGAGGGAGGCUGAAUGGGACCGGCAGCGGGAGUUGGCUGGCCGUGCCGCCAUGGAGAUGGAGCAGCAGGAGCAGAAUUUCCGCCAGCAGCUGAGGAAGAGCCUGGAUGCCUACAACCAGGAUCUGGCGGAUGCACAGAAGUCCAAGUGAGUAGGCCAAGGAUGAAAGAUUCCUCCCUGCCCCCGGAAGGUGGAAAUGAGGCAGCCUCCUCAGGUAGAGAAUUGCAGGUACCCUGAAGGACAGGCUGAGCUUUGUCUAGAAGCACCACCACCUGCACUCAAUGCCUUUCUUCCCCCUAAUCCUUACUGCUCUUUGUUGUGAUCCAGAGGUGAGGGAGAUGCAUUAGGCACAUAUUCAGAGGCAUUUUCAUCUUUUCUUCCUAGGUUACGUCCUGCUACUGAAAACAGACGCCAAGGCUGACUCUUCCUUGGCACUAAUGAAGUGACAAACAUUUCCACUGAACACACUUCUGUUCUUUGUUUUACAGUUUACAGUAUAUGGAGAAAGAGGUCUACUCCAAUGUACCCACAGCCCAGUACCACUUGCAGUUUAACACUAGCAGCCGCUGACUGAAGCAAAACAAACCCAGUUCCAAAUCUGGCUGGAAUGAAGGCUUUGCUUUCAGUAAAGUAUUUUUUGUGCAGUAUUUACAAAGGGAGUCAUCUGCUGGCUGUAAUGUAGAAUUACAAGGACAAAGCAACUGAUGUUUGUUAGACCAUAGUUUCCAUGUUAUUGCCUGAAGACUGCUCCACGUGGAUGUCUAUACCAGUGUAAAAUGUUGCCCAACCACAUGGCAAGCUACUUUGCAUAAAUGUCUUACCAUAUGAUUGUUAAGUGAAGUGUAGAGUGAACUGGCUUCCCUAAUGUGUGAAUGGGUCCUCGGAGAAGAGAAUGAGAGUGAGGGGCUAGGGUGGUUUGUUUUGCACACACAUCACAGAACAGAGUGCCUUAACAACAGAAUGUGGAACUCCAAGGGAACAUCUCUAUACAGCUUUUCCUCAGGAUCAGGUGCUAGUAUUUCUGGGAUCUGUAGGUGGUUUAGCUCAGAAUGGUUUGCUUAUCCACAACAGCCAAGAAAUACAAGAUCAAAGCCACUGGGGCAAACUGCACGGUCAGCUUCUUGCUCUCAACAGGGACUAAAGAUUAUUUUAAGAAUUCAUAAAUUCUUAAUAUAAAAUAUCUAAGAAGUGAACAAGUCUAUAUAAAAUACAUUAUGUUCUGAACAGCCUUGUGAUCUUUGGAUGAAGGGUGGUAUACAAACAUACACCUCAUCAUCAUUGCCAUACAAUAUAAAGUAUAAUAAAACCCCUUUAUUGUAUGUUAAUGCCUGCAAGCUAAAAACAAAUUCAGCAGGGCCUGACCAUACUUGCUGGUGCUUGCAGUUAUGCAGUAGCAAGACUAAGGCUGGAGUCCAGAAAGCCACUCUGCCCCCAUAAACUGCGAUUCUCAGCUUUCAUGGGCAGCAACACUAUCUGAUACACAGCUUUUCCUGGCUACAGAAGUCUGGUAUCUGAGUUUUCUAAUUCAAAAACCAGAGAACAGGCAGUAUAAACUGGUUGUGGUCAUAGCCAGGGUAUAGGACUUCACUGCCCCACACUAACAUACUCCCCUCUAACUACCACUCUUCCUUUCAUACUUCCUGACUUGCUUUGCUACUCCACACUACUACUGCUAUUCCCCCCCCCCAAGAGCUCUAAAUAAUUUGAAAGCUUUAGAAAUAAGUUGCCUACUUUAUUUGCACAAUUUGUUUUAAUAAGACUUUGCUUUCCUUCACUCUCAGAUUUGUGUGUGUGUGUGUUGCACAUGCAUGUUAUCCUCAUCACAGACUGAGUAAAAGAGACAAAGAAGAUCAACACCAAACAGAAUCACAGGUGUCUUUGGUAGUAAAACAGAGACAGGGCUCCUGGAUUGCAUUGCAAAUUUGGAACAGGGACUUAUUAGUGGAUUAGAAGACUAGAGCAUAGGGUUUUCUAGAUUGUCCCACUAGCAAGGGAUGAGAAGACUCAUACAGCAAGAGAAGAGGAGCAUACAAUUAAUUCAUUAUAGUCCAUUUAUUAUAGUCCAGAUGUUAAUCAUUUGCUUUUGCUAACCUAGAUUCCAGCUGAGGAAGCAUAGCGGAGGCAGCUGUAAUCAUCAGCAGAUUCAAAAGUACCAUGAUUAUGGUCCAGUGGGCAGAGAAACAAUCCCUGACUUGUGAUGGGGAAGCAAACCCUCUCGCUCUUCCAGGGCCAAGCUUACAGUUCAGGGCUGCAUUCGGAUAGCCCCAUCAAGCCGGAUCACCUCACCAUUGAGCAUGGGGUUCUCCACUAUGCAUUGCACCAGGUGGGCAUACUCCUCCGGAGCACCAAGACGACUUGGGAAGGGCACCUGCCGUGCCAGGAAUGUCCUCACUUUCUCAGGAAGUGAUGCCAGAAGAGGUGUUGCAAAGAGACCUG